GCGACUAUUCUCGGCGUCUUCUCAUUGUGCUAUUCCUAUUCAAUUUCAAAACAUUCAGUGUUCCAUGAAAAGGUUCACUUAAAAAAAAAAACUAGAAAGAUAAACUACACAAAGAAUUGUUUUUAUUAAAAUUAUUAUUGAAAUGGUAUUGACCAUUGAAGGUAUUCAUGUUGACUUGUCAGGGAUAAGUAAUGUUUGACAUACGUAUGACAGGUUGACAGGAUUCACAUAGGAAUCGACAAGUAUAUUUUUUCAGCACAGUUAAUGUCACAAAAAUCUGUUUAACGUUUUUAGUAACUUCUUAAUAGGGCAAUGGUUGUAGUAAGUGGGAGUUGGGUAAAAAAUGUAGCUACUUACCCAGCUCCUACAACCGAAAAUGAUGAGGUGAUUUCAGCAUCCAACAGCAAUAUGUGUGCAAAAGCAGUUUUAAUAUCUCGACCAAAUUCACAUCCUUUUCAAGAGCGAACACUUGCUUUAGAUCAACCAGUUAAGAUUGGGCGCUCAGUUGCUAGAGCCAGAGCUACUUCCACAAACGCUAUUUUUGAUUGUAAAGUGUUAUCACGACAUCAUGCUGUACUAUGGUAUGAAAAUGGAAAAUUCUUUUUACAGGAUACAAAAAGUAGCAAUGGUACAUUUGUAAAUAAUACAAGACUCUCUAGCUCAGAAUCUGAACCACAUGAAGUAUCUUCAGGGGAUAUAGUACAGUUUGGUGUUGAUGUUGUAGAAAAUAACCGCAAGGUAACUCAUGGAUGUAUUGUUGCAACAUUAAAAUUGUAUUUACCUGAUGGAAAAGAAGCUAAAGCAAGUCCUAGCAUUACAGAGUCUAGCAGACAAGGGCAUAUACCUUUAGAUGAAUUGUACAGGCUAAACCAGAUAAUUCAAGAAGCUUCACAACGGGAGCAAUGUUUAGAAACAAAGUUGUGUACUUUACAACAAAUUGUUGAAGAAGCAAGAAAAUCUGCAGAAGAAAGUUGGCAGGCAUAUAUUGGAGAAGAAAAGUUAUUAUCAAGAGUUGCUACAUUAGAGAACCAACUUCAGCAGGCUGUGAAAAAUUUUGGAGACGACAAGUUAAAAGAGGAAUUAACAAGACUGCAGGAAGAAAAAACCCAAUAUCAAUUAACUGCCAAAGAAACUUUAUGUAAACUUCAUGCAGAACGUUUGCAAGCUGUUGCUUUAGCCACUGAACAGGAAAGAGCAAGAAUUUCAACAGAGCAAGAAGCGAUUUUGAUAAAGGAACAACUUGCACAAGUGCAACAAGAAUUACAGGCCGUUGCUCAAAAAUUAACAGAAGAAAAACGUAAAAUGGAAGAAGAUCGAGCACAAAAUGAACAGAAAAGGCAAGAAUUGGAACAUAAGCUUGAAUCAGAAAUGCAAGCAGUUACCGAAUUGAAAGCUAAAUUAGAACAAUACAACAAGGCCUUUGAAAAGUCCUCUGAAAACGAAGCACACGACGAAUUUGAGAAAGGAGAUCUAGUGUGCAAAGAAAAUGGCAAUAAUAAAGAAGACAUUUUAGCAGAAUUUGAAAACUGUGAUAAUAAAAAUACUAGCGAAAUUUCUUAUUUUGAUACUAACAUUACCAACGAUCAUAUCGAUUUGGUGGUAGCUCCUGUUGUACAAGAGAAUGAUGCUGAUGUAAUCUCUUUUAUGAUUGAUGAAAAAGACGAAAUUACUCAAGAAUUCUCCGAAAACACAUCCACUGUUACCCUCCUGGAGGAAGAAGUUAACAACAAAAAUAAAUUCGCUUUUCACGAAAUCAACGACAGCGAAACGAGUUCUUCCUCAGUUAACCAUAUAAGAGAUCUACACUGCACAAAUGGUUUCGAAUCACAAAAAAACGACAAUAAAGAUCUGGAAAAUGACAACGUGGAUUCAAAAACGUUAAAAUAUCAACUAAUAUCAGUUCAAAAACAAAUGUCAAAACGUGUGGAAGAUCUAGAGGAACAGGUGAUGAGUCAUUCUUCACGAGCUGACAAAUUAGCAUUAGAACUAAAGAAACUCCAUGAAGAAUAUAAAUUUUUGCAAGAGAGUUGGGAAAUUAAACGCAUUGAAAAUGGAAAACUCCUUGAAACCAUAAGUAAUUUACAAGAAGAACUUAUGGUAACGUACAACAAAUUGAAAAAAUUAGAUGUAGCAGCAGAGGAAAAAUCGGUGUCAAAGGAAAAAUCAUUAUCAGAAUCAUUAAUUAGUCCUGAAGUUAUAACAGCUUUGGAAGAGGAGUUAGUGCUCUUGAAAGAGCGCUAUGCGGAUUUGAUUGAUGAGAAGAUGGUCUUAUGUAAAAAAAUAACGGCAUUACAAACUCAAUAUCGUGCUGUUUGCAAUGCGUCUUAUAAUAAAAUGUUUUUCUACGUGGCUCCUCUAGUUUUUAUGGUUCUCUAUUUACUUUUCACAGCAAUAUUUUCCUGAUUCUCAGCAGCUCUGCUAGCUUUAUUUUUUUUUUCAGUGGAAUUUUUCAUAAAGAUUAUUAACGAAACGUAGUAAAAGUGACUGUCACAUACCUAUUCAUAAUUUAUUUAAUCCGAAUAAACUUGAAAAUAAAAGCGUUUAGUCUAAUUACUUUUUACGUUCAUUGUUCAUCAUAUAAAACAAAUAUUUCUAAAUUACUGUUAUUGACAAACGUAUAUUCACAGAACUAUGGAAUAUAUUUAAAGUAAUAUACACGUAUUUCUAAUGAUUUUGAUUGAUCAUUGAUUUAUUUGAUUAUGCCAUAAUUUCAUCUGUAUAAUCUUUAUUAACACAUAUCAAACUUGUUUAUCUUAGAUAAAUCUCGUAGCGAAAAGUCCAGUUAUGGCAAAAUUGUGAAAAAUUUAUUAGACCAACUAACCGGUAGUGUUUAUUUUUUUAUGUAGUGUUUUUGUUUACCUCUGUUAAAAUGUUUAAAUAUAUUUAUUGUUUAGGUUU